GUGGCGUGAGCGGUAGCAGUUCAAUAGCGGUUAGCAGGUACGUAACAAACAGACUACAGGGAGAGACCAAGGAGAAUCCAGUGGAAGUAUGGACAGUAGAAAGAACAAUUGAGGGAUCGGGAUUCACUUUAUCAGGCAAAGUGAAGAAAAAUGUCCAGCAGAAGCCAGCACUAUGGAUUCCAGUCAGCCACCAUGGUGCAGCCUGCCAAUGGCGGGCAUGCCUAUCUGUUCGGAAACAACAGCUCAGAAAAUGAUAUGUCAGAAGAGGAUGGGGAAAGCUAUGAGCUGCGGCCUCGUGGCAGAGAGAGACUCCGGAGGAGCACCUCUAAAGAGAGAAUGGAUGACAUUAUCUAUUUGACCAGAGAUAUCCAGGAGGGAGACACUCUGAACAGCAUUGCCCUUCAGUACCAUUGCUCAGUGGCGGACAUCAAGCGUGCCAACAACCUUUUGACAGAGCAGGACUUUUUUGCCCUGCGUUCAGUUAAGAUUCCUGUGAGGCGCUUUAGUGUCCUCACUGAGACUCAUAACGCUGCUACUCUCAAAUCUGCCUCGCCCACAGGCACUAGACAUCUGCCUCAGGUCUCGCACAUUACUUCUCUCCCUUCUGAAUCCUCCAUGGACUCCUGUUCUUCCACUGACAGCGUGGAAGGAUUCCUGAUGGAGAAGGACAAGGACAUUGAGCGGCUGGUGAAAUCCACAGGACCAUCUCGGAGCGGCCUCAGUGAGGUUGUUUCCUCUUUAACGCAGCAACAGCAGCAGCCAUUACUAGGAGAAGCUGGAUAUAAACCAGUACAGAGGAAGGAUCCUUAUUAUGGGGCAGACUGGGGCAUGGGAUGGUGGACUGCUGUGGCAAUCAUGCUUUUUGUCGGCAUUGUCACACCCAUCUUUUAUCUGUUGUACUAUGAAGUUCUUUUGAAAGCUAACGUCAGCCAUCAUGGUAUGCCUGGUACACAAACUCACAACGGCUUGUCUUAUGAGUCUCAAAAAGGCAACGGUUUGAUCGGGAUUAAAGACAUUCCUGGAGAUGCUCAACUUAAGCAUGCAGUUAAAGGAGAUCAGGAGGGACGGGUUGCGGACAAAGCAGGAGACGGUGGAGAUAGAGAAAAUGAGAAAACAUAGCAAGGAA